AUGGCACAGAAAUGGCAUCAAGAAACCCAGUCUCAAAGACGGGAAUCUUUUAAGGGGGUUGACCCCAAUUUCCUGAGGAUCAUGCACUUUGCCAAGAAGCACAACAAGAAAGGCCUGAAGAUGAUGCAGGCCGACAAUGCAAAGGCAGUGAGUGCACAUGCAGAGGCCAUCAAGGUCCUUGUGAAGCCUCAGGCCAUCAAGCCCAAGAUGCCAAAGGACCACAGCUGCAAACUCAGGGGCCUGGCUCUCAUCGCUCACCCCAAACUUGGGAAGCUGAGUCAAAGCUACAUGGCCAAGGGGCGUAGGCUCUGCCAACCAAAGCCCAAGGUUCAAACCAAGGCAAAGGCCAUAGCUCCAGCUAAGGUCCAGGUUUCAGCUCCAGCGCAGGCUCCUGUGAAGUCCCCACAGAAAAGGCUCCUUCCAGUGUGA